AUGCAGCUUCUUACUGUUGUCGGCGCUAUCGCCGUUUUGUCUAAUAUCGUUUCGGCGGUUCCUCAACCGAGCGAGAAAAUUGAACAAAUUCAAGAAAAACGAUGGGGUUGGCCGUGGAGUACUGAUUCGGGAAAAGGUGGACAUGGACAUGGAGGUGGUUCGUGGGGUGGCGAUGAUGAUGAUGAUGACGAUGACGACGAUGAUGAUGAUGAUUCCAACACUUCGAUUCGAUCACUUUUACCAUUUACACAUCCGCAUUUGGUGGCUGAAGAAACAGGAACUAGUACUACAGUUUCUGGUACUUCCUUUUCGACAUUUGUAUCGAGCUCGUCUAUUGCUAGCUCUUCGGCAACAAAUGUCUUGGUUUCGGCAGGUGGGGGUCUCUCAACUACAGUCUCGAUUGUUUCUACAGUUACAGAUCCAAUUCUUUCAGCUACUCCCGUUGCAAUCGAAACAUCAACAUCACUAUCACCAACAUCCACCCUUUCAGCAACCCUCAUCAUCGACAAUACAUCUCUCACUCUCUGUUCUGCACUCCCCACCAGCAUCGUUACCGUUACCGAAAGCUGCACUAGCACAGAAUGGAUUACUGUUAUCGAGAGCGGUUCUUGGACUCUCACUUCUUUACCAUCUACAACCCCCGUAUCCGUAUCGGCGAGUUGGACCACCACACCGUUGCCUUCGGGCUCGCCUUCGGGAGCUGUGACUGGUGGAGGCAAUUCGAUGGGGAUUUGGACAGUUACUCCAGUGGAGACAUCGAGCAGAGGUUGGACGACGAGUCUGGGAAAUGCGAGUGUGACUUCUUCUUCGACACUGGAAACAGGAACGGGGACUAGUGUGAGUGCAGGACCUUCUAUAUCGGGUAAUUAUUCAUCGUGGGUAUUGUCAUCAUUGUCGUCAACAUCGUCAUUGAUAUCAGCAACAUCGACUCCGGCGACUUCUACUCAAGAAUCUACUUCGACGACUCUUCUUUUUUCUACAACUACGAUUCCUUAUUCCUCAUCUUCAUCUUCCCUCUCAUCUUCUCUCCUUCUCUCCAGCCCCAUCUCAUCCACCACCUCUUCCUCCUCACUCCCCGCCCUCCCCAUCUCAACCGGCACCACCGAUCUCCACCCCAGCACCACCAUCGCCUUCACCACGACCGUCACCACCAUCCAAGCCAGCGGCACCCCGAAUCCCGCCGCUGUCCAUUGCGGACUCCAUGGUUUACCCGUUGGGGAUUAUUUCCUCGCCGAGUUUGUGGAGGAUAAGGCCGGGGUACCGGUUACGUUGCAGGGAUGUUGGGAGUUUUGUGAUGGCGUCUACGGCAUAGACAAAGGAUGCGUCUCCUACUCCUUCUAUCCGGAACCCGGCACGGGCGCACCCAGAUGUGAUCUCUUUGGGGGAAGCGUGGCGCAGAGCUUGGAUAGCAUUAUUCCGAGCGUGCCGAAUGUGUGGUUUGAUUUGGAGUGUGGGGAUCCGACUUUGAGGGGGUGA